AUGGUGAGCAGGUGUAAUGAGGUCAGUGGCGCUCCUUCACCAAUAUGGCUGAAGCGAGACAAGAGGAAACACCGUGUCCGCCUGACUCAUCCUUAUCCUGUAUUUUUCAGGUUCGUACUAAUGUCACAAGCACAAUGUAUGGGUCAGAACAUACUUAUAACGUUGUUAUUGGGGGGGGGGGGGGGGGGGGGGGGGGGGGGGGGGGGGGGGGGGGGGGGGGGGGGGGGGGGGGGGGGGGGGGGGGGGGGGGGGGGGGGGGGGGGGGGGGGGGGGGGGGGGGGGGGGGGGGGGGGGGGGGGGGGGGGGGGGGGGGGGGGGGGGGGGGGGGGGGGGGGGGGGGGGGGGGGGGGGGGGGGGGGGGGGGGGGGGGGGGGGGGGGGGGGGGGGGGGGGGGGGGGGGGGGGGGGGGGGGGGGGGGGGGGGGGGGGGGGGGGGGGGGGGGGGGGGGGGGGGGGGGGGGGGGGGGGGGGGGGGGGGGGGGGGGGGGGGGGGGGGGGGGGGGGGGGGGGGGGGGGGGGGGGGGGGGGGGGGGGGGGGGGGGGGGGGGGGGGGGGGGGGGGGGGGGGGGGGGGGGGGGGGGGGGGGGGGGGGGGGGGGGGGGGGGGGGGGGGGGGGGGGGGGGGGGGGGGGGGGGGGGGGGGGGGGGGGGGGGGGGGGGGGGGGGGGGGGGGGGGGGGGGGGGGGGGGGGGGGGGGGGGGGGGGGGGGGGGGGGGGGGGGGGGGGGGGGGGGGGGGGGGGGGGGGGGGGGGGGGGGGGGGGGGGGGGGGGGGGGGGGGGGGGGGGGGGGGGGGGGGGGGGGGGGGGGGGGGGGGGGGGGGGGGGGGGGGGGGGGGGGGGGGGGGGGGGGGGGGGGGGGGGGGGGGGGGGGGGGGGGGGGGGGGGGGGGGGGGGGGGGGGGGGGGGGGGGGGGGGGGGGGGGGGGGGGGGGGGGGGGGGGGGGGGGGGGGGGGGGGGGGGGGGGGGGGGGGGGGGGGGGGGGGGGGGGGGGGGGGGGGGGGGGGGGGGGGGGGGGGGGGGGGGGGGGGGGGGGGGGGGGGGGGGGGGGGGGGGGGGGGGGGGGGGGGGGGGGGGGGGGGGGGGGGGGGGGGGGGGGGGGGGGGGGGGGGGGGGGGGGGGGGGGGGGGGGGGGGGGGGGGGGGGGGGGGGGGGGGGGGGGGGGGGGGGGGGGGGGGGGGGGGGGGGGGGGGGGGGGGGGGGGGGGGGGGGGGGGGGGGGGGGGGGGGGGGGGGGGGGGGGGGGGGGGGGGGGGGGGGGGGGGGGGGGGGGGGGGGGGGGGGGGGGGGGGGGGGGGGGGGGGGGGGGGGGGGGGGGGGGGGGGGGGGGGGGGGGGGGGGGGGGGGGGGGGGGGGGGGGGGGGGGGGGGGGGGGGGGGGGGGGGGGGGGGGGGGGGGGGGGUGGGGGGGGGGGGGGGGGGGGGGGGGGGGGGGGGGGGGGGGGGGGGGGGGGGGGGGGGGGGGGGGGGGGGGGGGGGGGGGGGGGGGGGGGGGGGGGGGGGGGGGGGGGGGGGGGGGGGGGGGGGGGGGGGGGGGGGGGGGGGGGGGGGGGGGGGGGGGGGGGGGGGGGGGGGGGGGGGGGGGGGGGGGGGGGGGGGGGGGGGGGGGGGGGGGGGGGGGGGGGGGGGGGGGGGGGGGGGGGGGGGGGGGGGGGGGGGGGGGGGGGGGGGGGGGGGGGGGGGGGGGGGGGGGGGGGGGGGGGGGGGGGGGGGGGGGGGGGGGGGGGGGGGGGGGGGGGGGGGGGGGGGGGGGGGGGGGGGGGGGGGGGGGGGGGGGGGGGGGGGGGGGGGGGGGGGGGGGGGGGGGGGGGGGGGGGGGGGGGGGGGGGGGGGGGGGGGGGGGGGGGGGGGGGGGGGGGGGGGGGGGGGGGGGGGGGGGGGGGGGGGGGGGGGGGGGGGGGGGGGGGGGGGGGGGGGGGGGGGGGGGGGGGGGGGGGGGGGGGGGGGGGGGGGGGGGGGGGGGGGGGGGGGGGGGGGGGGGGGGGGGGGGGGGGGGGGGGGGGGGGGGGGGGGGGGGGGGGGGGGGGGGGGGGGGGGGGGGGGGGGGGGGGGGGGGGGGGGGGGGGGGGGGGGGGGGGGGGGGGGGGGGGGGGGGGGGGGGGGGGGGGGGGGGGGGGGGGGGGGGGGGGGGGGGGGGGGGGGGGGGGGGGGGGGGGGGGGGGGGGGGGGGGGGGGGGGGGGGGGGGGGGGGGGGGGGGGGGGGGGGGGGGGGGGGGGGGGGGGGGGGGGGGGGGGGGGGGGGUUGGGGGGGGGGGGGGGGGGGGGGGGGGGGGGGGGGGGGGGGGGGGGGGGGGGGGGGGGGGGGGGGGGGGGGGGGGGGGGGGGGGGGGGGGGGGGGGGGGGGGGGGGGGGGGGGGGGGGGGGGGGGGGGGGGGGGGGGGGGGGGGGGGGGGGGGGGGGGGGGGGGGGGGGGAAAAGAGGAAAUCAAUUCUAA